CGAUGCUCCAGUAACUGCUGGAGGAAGCAGGGUUGCAGGACUUGUUCAGUGUCAGCUGAACGUCAGGUUCAGGAACAGCGAAUGGAAAGAGAACACCCCACCCACAUUUCCUCACUUUUCCCCUAAACUUUUUCUUACAGUCCCCCACACCCCUCUCCCCCCUUUAUUUCUUAAACACUUAAAACCGAACUUAAAUAUGGAAAGACCCCUUGUCCUUUUGGGUAACACGGAGUCAUGAUUCUCCUUUAAAUUCUUUCUUGUCUGGAUCUGCCAUUGGCAUCAACAGCAGCACCGCUGCUGCUUCUUGAUGUUGUGAUCUGAAAUACGCAUGCGCCCGGUAUUGGAAUUACUGCACUGGCGAGAACAACUUAGACCUCGUCAAGUCUUCACUAAAAGAAACCGAAAACCAUAUAAUUUUAAAAUUGCAGCCGUAAGCGCGAGAGGGAUGAGGACGACGUGUGUCUUGUUGAUCUUCUUCAUGGCAGCUGUGAUGCGCGCUCAAAGUGCCAGUGUAAAUGACCCUAGCAAUAUGCCUUUGGUCAAAGAAACGGUGGACAGACUGUUAAAAGGUUAUGAUAUACGACUGAGGCCAGAUUUCGGAGGUCCUCCAGUUGGAGUGGGAAUGAAUAUAGACAUAGCCAGCAUAGACAUGGUAUCAGAAGUCAACAUGGACUACACAUUGACAAUGUACUUCCAGCAGGCCUGGCGAGACAAGCGGCUGUCCUACUCAGAGAUCUCCCUCAAUCUGACCUUAGAUAACCGGGUGGCUGACCAGCUCUGGGUCCCCGACACCUACUUCCUCAAUGACAAGAAGUCGUUUGUUCAUGGUGUCACAGUGAAAAAUCGAAUGAUCCGACUGCAUCCGGAUGGCACCGUAUUGUACGGCCUCAGAAUUACGACCACAGCUGCUUGUAUGAUGGACCUAAGAAGGUAUCCACUAGAUGAGCAAAACUGCACACUGGAAAUAGAGAGUUAUGGUUACACCACUGAUGACAUUGAAUUCUACUGGCGAGGAGGAAAUAACGCUGUGACAGGGGUGGACAAGAUUGAACUGCCCCAGUUCUCCAUUGUGGAUCAUAAACUUAUCUCCAAGAAUGUUGUCUUCUCCACAGGUUCUUAUCCACGUCUUUCCCUGAGUUUCAAGCUAAAGAGGAAUAUUGGAUAUUUCAUCUUGCAAACAUACAUGCCUUCUAUACUUAUCACCAUUCUGUCCUGGGUCUCUUUCUGGAUCAACUACGAUGCCUCUGCAGCCAGGGUGGCUCUAGGUAUUACCACGGUGCUCACCAUGACAACCAUUAACACCCACCUGAGAGAAACCCUUCCCAAAAUUCCUUAUGUCAAGGCCAUAGACAUGUACCUCAUGGGCUGCUUUGUGUUUGUCUUCCUGGCUCUGCUGGAGUAUGCUCUGGUGAACUACAUCUUCUUUGGCCAGGGUCCUCAGCGUCAGAAAAAGGCUGCUGAGAAGACAGCAACAGCAAACAAUGAAAAGAUGAGGAUGGAUCAAAAUAAGUGGCUGGUGGGAAACGUGGUUGGCAGAGAUGAUACUCUGUACGCAAGAAUGAAACAAAGAGACCUUGCUGGUCACGAUUCAAUGUGGGAGCCAAUCUUCAUGGAUGACGCAGCAAUUGGGCUUGGAGAUCAAAAAAACAAGAUGGAUACACAUGAAAACAUCCUCUUGGGCACUCUGGAUAUCAAGAAUGACAUGGGUGUUACAGAGCUGGCUCUGGGUCUCAAUGACCCGCGAAAUACCAUGUUAACAUAUGACAGCUCAAAUCUGCAAUAUCGCAAAUCAGGGCUGACAAGGCACAACUUUGGGCGAAAUGCACUGGAGCGCCACAUGACUCAAAAGAAAAGCAGACUUCGGAGGCGGGCCUCUCAGUUAAAAAUCACCAUCCCGGACUUGACUGAUGUAAACUCUAUCGACAAAUGGUCACGAAUGAUCUUCCCAACUGUAUUUUCCUUCUUUAACAUUGUUUACUGGCUCUACUAUGUAAAUUAAAGAGAAACAGGACAUGAGUGAAAUCAAGCACAUCAAAGGUAAAUAAGAAUUUAACGUUUGUAUUUGAGUGACUUCAUAUUUAUGUUCUCUUGUAAAGCUAGAUGGAAUUGCCGUAUUCAGGACUGGAUCCAUGAUUUCUGAAAGCACAAUCUUUGCUGGCUAACACACGAAAACCUUAUGGAAAAGAGAUUACAUACUUAUAAGGUGCCUGUUCCUGAACAUUUGUUUAUACUGUUAAGUGUUUUCUUUUUAUUGAAUAUCUUAAAAUCUCUCAAUCUGUUUGUUUUUAACCACUAAGUCAAUUUUGAUUUGAAGUACACAUCAUCAACAAUGCUAGACAUAAACUUAUAAAAAAACAAUUUCAAAAAUGUUUACUUUCACUGAGACUGCUUAAAAAUGAUGAAACUAACUUAAAGUCUACAGGGUUAUCUCACAAUAAUCAUGUCAAAGACUAUAGGCUAUCACUAUCACUGAUCUAAUUGCAUGAACUUGCUGAAAAAAAAACUGUAAAAAUGCUAAAGAAUGAAAAUAUAUUGUAUGAUAUAAAGUUAACAUUUUUAUAACAUUGUGAUUUUUAAAACUUUUUCUAAUGUAAUAAAUUGAUAGCACUACAAAACUGUAUUUUCCUGACAUCUUUGUCAGCUUAUCAUCCUCUUCUGUAAAUUUACAAAUAAUAUCAACAAUGUGUACAAAUGUCCUUAAUAUGCUUGUCGAUUUAAACAAAUAAAAAAUAGGAUAUAACUACUACGAUUAAACCAUUCAAAACUUUAGUUUGGUUCAAUGUAUCAAAAUCCAGACAGACUGGAGAACAGGAAUGGCAAAAAAAACAUAUCACAAUUCUGUUCCUGAUUACCUUUUUUUUUUGUUAAAAGCACAUACUUAAAUAAAAAAGGCCCCAUGGUUCAUUAAAAAAAAAGAAUAUAAGAGUACAACAUUUUACAUUUCCUUUUUUAUGGCACUACUUCAAUAGCUUUGUAUAGGUUUACUGAUUAUUAGCUUAUGCAAACAUUUUUUCUGAUUGUUGUAGAUUUAAUAAUUUUUCCAAAUCAGGAAAAGGCUCAUUGUAAUUAAACAAGUUUAUCACACACACUAUGAUUCUAAGAUUUGGAGUGCACAGUUACAAGUAUGCUUUUAUUUUAGAUUGUUUACAAGCCAAGAGGCUUAACCACACUCCUUGCACUUGGUGCUUUUGGGCCUCGUCUUGAGACAAACUUAAUUAUCAUUACUUUAUUUUUGUUGUCAAAAUUUAUUAGGAAUUAAAUUGCUUGCAAAAUAUACUUAUACUUAGAUCUUAAGUACUUUGUGCAUAACUUCAGCUCUAAGAUUUAUAAAUUAUGAACUCUUGAGAUCUAAACGACAUUAAAUUUGUGACAAACUAUCAAGUUAAAAAAAUUUGUUCAAAGCUUCAUUGUAUUGGCAUUAACAUGUUACUCUAGAAUAUGGAGUAGUUGUGAAUACCUGAAUACCUUUAAUGUCAGGGAUUUAUAAUGGGUUUUUUCCCCCAGGUGUUUUUGGGGAUUGUAUUUUAUGAAGCUAUAUCCACCAAGUUUAAAAUUGAGAAUUAUGUGAAAACAUAAUGCCAAACUCAGACAUCAAUGCAUAUCACAAUAGUCAUCCAAAACAAGAGCUGUGACGGCGAAGUCUUCAAUUCCAACUUAGGUUCAUAAAGUGAAGAAUUAAAAAGGUAUUUGUUCAGUGCAGUACCUUCAUUACUUAACAAACCAGCACCCUACAUGUAUUUGAAAGGUCUCUGUUUUACACUCAGUGUGCCUGUAAUUCACCACAAUGGUAAAAGGCAACUUGUGAUAAAAACUACCAAAAGUAAAAAAAUCAGCAACAAUUCAGGUGGAACAUUGAGAUCUCCGUUCCGUUUUAAUCAGGUUAGUUAGGCUGCUUUGACAUAGAAAGUGGCGUAUACAGUGCGGUCCUCAAAACUCGUUCUUACGAAUAUCUUGUGCAAUGCUAAGGGAUGCGCCAUGCAGAGCAUUCUACCAUGUGCCAUACGAUCAAGUUUACGUACUUUAACUUGUGCAUCAGGCUUUUUGUGAUCUCAGCAUGCCCAGUCAGAAGAACUCAGAAGGAUCACAGGAGCUAAGACCAUUGAUUUCAGAAAACCAAGUUAUUUUUAGUGCUCUCCACUCAAGUUAACUCUCACAAUUCAACCAUACUAUUGCUGCUCACAUUCCUUCUUCCACUCAUGAUCAGUAAAUGUUUGUGCAUUGGUUUCUCUUUACCACAUUGCCACAUGCUAGUUGUCACCUAACAAAAACACUAUUUGUAACAAACAACUGAGCCAGAGUGCAGUUUCCAAUGUUCCCUUCUCCCCAACACCAAGCCAGAACGCACAGCUGAACACAAAACAUGCCACUUCCUAUGAAAAAAAACAGCCUUAUUCUGAUGCCCACGUGUCAGAUUACCCUUUUUCACAAAAGCUAUGUCACCAAAAUAUGUCACGUCAGAAAAUCAAUAUUUUUUUUUAAAUUGACAUCAUUCACAACUUCUCCUUAUGUUUACUGAUUGGCCCAUUUGAAAUUCUACCAGAGGAUCCAAUAAGAGAAAGCCCAGAUGGAGCACUGACAGCUUAAGAAAGGAAAGAUUAGAGUCAAGCGGAAUUGUGCAAGAAGGAAAUGGCCAGGUUAUGACAAAAGUGGCCUAAACAAAAACAGAAAAUUAAAACAAAAACAACAAGAGAAACUGAAAAUAAGUGGUUCAACUUCAAAAUGAAUACACAAAGAGAUAGAAAUUGAUAUAAAAAUAGCUUUAAAUGAAUGAAAAAAUUAUUAAAACGUAAAUGAACAUGAAGAACUGAGGGAAGAUAUUUUUUUGCACUAAUUCCAAGUGUGGAAGAUGUAAGUGAACAAUGUAGAAAGACAUAAACAAUGCAAUCAGAAGAAAAUUACUAAGAAAAACUACAACAGUGUAUAUAUCAGGAAAGAUCACUAGUCUUGAUUUGGAACAUAUUGCUGUACAUACACAAAAUUAGGAAAUAAAAGCAACAUUUUCAGUUUUGUUUCUUCUGCUAUGUAAAGCAAAAACAGAGGGUGAUGUGAAACAAUGUAAAUAGUCAGCUGUGGAGUCACUUCUACUUUGCUUAUGAAAGUCCACGUUGUUUUUAACCAAAGUGUAAAGUUGUAUUCAUGAAUGUAGCUCAUGCUUUUGCACCAUGGAUUUACUGACCAUCAGCAAAAGUAAAGCAAGUUCUACAGCACAUGAUUUACUAAAACAAGAUUUUAACUGAUACUCUUCAUCAGGCCACAAUUCAGCUUUCAAAAAACACAAUUUCAACUAAUACCAGUCGCAGUUCUUGCCCUGGAGGAGCCCCAUCUUCUGUUGCCCCUAAACAACCAAAACCUAGAAAACUGAAUUCUAGGUCAAAAUUAAAUGAGUUGCCAUCCCACACAAAGCACAUUUCACUUUUCAACAGCAAACACCAACUCCUUACAGACAGCAUAUGCAAAAAGAAGCAAUAGAAAACCUGUUCAAAACGUAACUAGCAAAUGAGUUUUGUUUUAUUAUUAUUAUUAUUUUGUGCUGGCCUUUCUAAUGUUGCCCUAAAAAGCCAACAAAAUAGCAGCCAUCUGUUACUGACCAUAUAAAGAUUUGUUUAAUAAAUUUAUUUGUUGUUCUGAAGAGAGAGGGGCUUUGUGAUUUUGUUUCUGAUGUUUUGUUACUUUCUGUGUUCAUUAUACACAGUUAGCUUAAGCAGAAUUGUACCUUUGUUCCACUAAACACAAAAUCUAGCCAUUGUAACAUAUUUUGAAGUGUCUUUUACAUACUAAGUCCACCUCAGCUAUAGUUAGAGCUUUGUAAUAAUCAGAAUACUACUGUACAUGGUUUGAUGUGGUGUAUUUAAAUGUGAGCGUGCUAGGAGUGAAUGUUUUCCAGGUACAUGUGUUUUAAAGCACAAUGGUAAAAAUAUAUGUGUGUAACUCACACUGAUUUUUUGUUAUUUUGUUUCAUAUAUUUUUAUACUUCUAUAUUCUAUGUAAAAAAAUAAUCAAAUUUUCAUAUUUAUAAUAUUGAGAAAGAUUGCAUUGCCCUAUUGGGCAGAAAAUGUUAGGAUAUUUAUUAGAAUCAAAUCCUUUCAUAAUUGUGCAAAAUUCACAACUACAAGAUCACAAAUGGCUUGAAGUUCACUUAUUUUUUUUGUUGUGCAUUAGCUAAAAGAUUUUGGAAUUGGAAGGUUUUUGCAGAGUUAUGUCCUCUGGAGCAUAAAAGGGCGAUACUGUAAACGCCUGCAUGACACAUCUCAGAAAUGGUGUAUGUUUGCACACACUCACAGAAGAAGCCUUAGCCUCCUGCUACCCUGGACCUCCUGCCAAACUGCUUCAGCCCCCAUUCACCUUCUCGACACCCUCUGCCCUGAAACCAAGAGCUCUUCCCUUUUUGAAGAUAUGCCCUGUAAAAAGUCAUUUUUUGUCUUUAUUAUAAAAACAAUGGAAUUUACUACAUUGUUAAUAAAUAUUGUAUAAAGUUCUGAA